GUUACAAUGUUUUACUAACUCGUAAGUUAUAUUAAGUCCAUUAAUGAAACAUGGUGUUAAAUUAAUGUAAAUAGUUUAAGCAAAUUGCUAUUUAUACUCUACAUAUACUAAUCCGUUAGUCACUCUCGCAAUAAUAAAAAAAUGGCAGAGGAGGGAAAAAAGAUUUCCUUCGGCUUCGCGAAGUCUAUUAAAAAACCUGUGUUAAAAAAUCCUGUGCCACAAGAAGAGAAGAAAGUAGACUAUAUCGAGUGUCUUGAUGAGAAGGGAAUUAAAGUAAUAGGUGAGGAAGAAAAGAAAGAUGAACCUCUAGUUAUUCCACUGCUUGGUUCAAAGACUUGGCAUGAUAGAAUUGUUAACAAAAUUGAUGCUGAUAUCUUUGAAUCUAAGACAAAUAAAGAAAAAACAGAAGAAACUAGCGAUGAUCAGGAAGAAAAGCCAACAUUGUCUAAUGGAAAUUCAUUACCAGAAACACAGAAAAUAAAACUAGAACCGGUAGAGAAUAUUGAAAAUAAAAUUGUGACUUUGGAAGAACAGGCAGCUAACGAAAUCAUUGAAGACCUUAAGUCAAAAGACAAACAGGAAACUGAAACUAAGGACCUGACUUUACCUUUAGUUGAAGAUCAAGCAUUAAGAGGCAAAGAACAGUCUACGUUAGAAGAUUAUGAAAAGAUUCCUGUUGAUGCUUUUGGAGUAGCAAUGUUACGGGGGAUGGGAUGGCAACCAGGGAAAGGGAUUGGUAAAAAUGAAAAAAUGGUCUCAGCUGUUCUGCCAGAAUUACGACCAAAAGGCAUGGGUCUCGGAGCGGACAAAGUAACACUACAAAAGCAAAAUACAGAUUCAAAGAAACAAGAAGAAGAACUGAAAAUUGAGAAGGGAACGUUUGUAAAAAUCAUAGCCGGAAAACAAAGCAAUAGUUAUGGUCAAAUAGAGGGUUUUGAUGAUGAUGCAGGAAGACUUAUAAUAAAACUGGCUCUUGGAGGAAAUGCAAUAUCUGUAAAUGAAUUCAUGAUACAACCAGUUACUAAGUCUGAAUAUUCAAAAAAUUCAAAAGUCCUAAAUGCAAAAAAGUAUGAAGAAUACAAGGACAAGGAAUCCAAGGAGCUCAAGCAGAAGGAAAGUAAGAAGAAAAAAUCAUCUUCUGAACAUUCUGAAAAUUCUGAAGAUGAUAAAAGCAAUAUCGAAGAAAAGAAAGAGAAGAUUGUCUCACAUGAUAAAAACAAGCAUGAUAAAGAAGAUGAUAAGAAAUCGAAAAGUCGAAAGAGACACUCAGAUUCUGACAGCAAUAGUGACAGUGAUAAUGGGAAGAAAAAAAGAAGAGGAAGAAGUAGUUCUACUAGCAGCGAAUCUUGCAGAUCGAAAAAGUCUAAAAAAUCGAAGAAACACAAGAAACAUGCUUAUUCGCCAGAAAGGUCGAGUAAAAAGCAUAAGAAAAAGAAUAAGGAAAAAGAAAAAACUAGGGACAAGAAAUCAAGAGAUCACACGGACAGGCGAAAACACAAGAAACAUAAGAGAUCAAGAUCCCGAUCAUCCAGCAGGCGGUAACACUUUUC